AUGCUGUUGACCGAGGCUCCAGUUUUGGUAUUACCCGAGUCAAGAAAAGAUUUUGUGGUCUAUAGUAAUGCAUCCCUAAAUGGACUGGGUUGUGUACUUAUGCAAGAGGGCAAAGUGAUCGCCUAUACUUUGAGGCAACUAAAACCUCAUGAGAAGAACUACCCGACAUACGAUUUAGAGCUUGCUACAAUCGUCUUGGCUUUGAAGAUUUGGAGGCACUAUUUGUACGUCGCUGACACCCUGAGCAGGAAGUCGUUGUUUGCUUUGAGAGCCAUGAAUGCUCAGUUAACUAUAUCUAAUGAUGGUUCGAUCCUAGCAGAGUUGAGGGCCAGACCGACCUUUUUUCAUGAAAUCUGUGAAGCUCAGAAAGAUGACGAGAAACUACAAGCUAAGAGAACUCUGUGUGAGUUAGAGAUUGAAUCAGAUUUUCGUAUUAAUACUGAUGGUUGUAUAAUGUUCAAAGACAGAAUUUGUGUACCCAAGAAUGAUGAGCUAAUUCAGAAGAUUCUAAGGGAGACACAUGGUGGUUGUUUGUCCAUCCACCCGGGUAGUGUAAAAAUGUACAUUGACCUUAAGACAAUGAAUUUGUGGUCAGACCCUGAUAAAACAAAUUCAAAAGUUGACCGAGGGAAACAGAAGUUUUCGGAGUGA